AUGUCGCGGUAUGUUGUUAGCGUAUUUACAGUGUUCUGUGUGGCCUUCGGAUAUGUCGGGGCCGAGUGUGACGUGCUCGCUAGCACUGAAAGUGGUCGAAUAUGCGGAGUCAAGCGUUGGGCGGAGACCGGAACCAUUUACGACCAAACCAAGACAGUUUAUGCUAGCUUCAGAGGAAUACCGUAUGCGAAACAGCCGCUUGGAGAAUUAAGAUUUAAAGAGCUCCAACCGGCUGAAACCUGGGAUGAUGUAUUCGACGCGUCAGUAGAAGGCCCCAUUUGCCCACAACACGACAUUUUAUACGGCCGGCUCAUGAAACCGAGGAACGUGAGCGAGGCGUGCAUAAACGCGAACAUCCACGUCCCACUCUACGCGAUGCCCGGCUUCAAAAACUGGCGUCAGAGGCCACUGCCGAUCUUCGUGUUUGUGCACGGGGGCGGAUUCGCUUUCGGCUCGGGCGACACCGACCUACACGGACCCGAGUUUAUGGUUCAACGCGACAUGAUCGUAGUUACAUUUAAUUACAGGAUUAACGUGUUCGGCUAUCUAUCUCUUAACUCUUCGAGUAUACCCGGUAACAAUGGCCUCCGUGAUAUUAUAACCUUUUUGCGUUGGGUCAAAAACAAUGCAAAAUAUUUCGGUGGAGAUCCCGAAAACAUAACACUUGGUGGCCAAAGCGCUGGAGCAGCCAACGUGCAUCUCUUAACACUAUCAAAGGCUGCAGAGGGAUUAUUCAAAAGAGCAAUAUUGAUGAGCGGAACAGCGUUACCCACUUUCUAUUCAGGAUCACCAAUAUACGCACAGUUCGUUGCGAAUUCAUUUCUAACAGUUCUGGGUAUCAACGCAACUGAUCCGGAGGAGAUUCAUGACCAACUAGUUUCAAUGCCCAUCGAACAGAUUAUGCAGGCUAAUCAGAUAGUGCAAGAUCAUAUCGGCAUUACUGCAUUUAUGCCGGUAGUAGAGACAGCAUUCCCUGGGGUUACGACGGUUUUAGACGAGGAUCCUGUUGUGUUAGUUGCAAAUGGUGUCGGAAAAGAUAUACCAUUGUUGGUUGGUUUCACUAGUUCAGAGAGCGAAACAUUCAGACCUAACUUUGAACGUCUCGACAUGCUAGCGCGUGUAAAAGGCAACCCGUUGGCCCUUUUACCCAUCGACUUAAUAUAUAAAUUGCCACUGAAAACAGCUUUGGAAUCUGCGGACAGGAUAGAAAAGAGAUAUCUCAACGGUCAACCCACAAUGGAUAAAUACGUACAACUCACUUCAGAUGUGUAUUUCAAAUACCCCGCAUUACAACUAGCUAAAUUGAGAAUGUCCAUGAUAGACGCGGCGCCUAUGUAUCUCUACCAGUUUUCGUAUGAAGCAGAGUUCAAUGUUAUUGCAAAGUCCAAAGGCAUAAAGUACAGUGGUGCAGGCCAUAUUGAAGAUUUGACGUUUAUUUUUAAAACGAACUCAAUGCAGGACGUCAAGGGUUAUCUGCCUCGGAGUUCUGUAGACACCACUAUGACUAUUUGGAUGACGAUGCUUGUCCAAAACUUUAUAAAUUGCGAUAAGCCAACAUGCACACCGUUGCAUAUAUCCGCGUGGCCACCAGUAAGCAGCAGUCCAACUAUUUACUACCAAAAUAUUAAGGGGCCAUACAUAAAAUACCAAAAAAUCAGUGAAGAGUUAAGUGAAGUUGUGGAGUUCUUUGAAGGACUCUACAAUCAAACGAGAACUUAG